GCCGCCGCCAUCUCGGGUGAGGGCAGGCGCGGCUUCGCGCCGGCUCAGCCGGGCCGGGAGCGCGGGGCCGCCAUCUCGGCUGAGGGCAGAGCCGCGGCCGGCGCGGGGAGACCGAAAUUCCACGGAAUCUGCGCGGCCAUGGGGAGGAUCGGGCUGCAGCUCCGCGCCACGCUGGAGAACAUCACCCGCCUGCGGGCCGAGGGCGAGGAUUUCCGAUGGUACCUGAAGCUGAAAUGUGGCAACUGCGGUGAAGUCUCCGAGAAGUGGCAGUACCUGCGAUUGAUGGACAGUGCUCCCCUGAAAGGCGGCCGAGGAAGCGCCACGAUGGUGCAGAAGUGCAAGCUGUGCUCCAGGGAGAACUCCAUCGAUAUUUUAAGCCAGACAAUCAAGCCUUACAAUGCUGAAGACAGCGAGAAAUUUAAAACAAUUGUAGAGUUUGAAUGCCGAGGUCUGGAACCAGUUGACUUUCAACCACAGGCAGGGUUUGCUGCUGAAGGCGCAGAGUCUGGCACACCUUUCAAUGACAUAAACUUGUUAGAAAAGGAUUGGAAUGACUAUGAUGAAAAAACAAAGGAAUCUGUUGGAAUCUAUGAAGUUACCCAUAAAUUUGUAAAAUGCUGAAGUUCAUACCCCUAAUAAAUUAUGACAUGCUUAUUGAUGGAGAAGCUGUAAACAUCAGAGACAGUUUCCUUGGAGUUACUUUUCUACAUGGCUACACUUCAGAAAUGGAAACCUAAUCAGAAUCAUUAAGGUUGGGAAAGAUSUCCAAGAUCAAGUUCAACCUUUGACCAACAUCACUAAGUUGUACUUUCUGUCCCCAGCAAACCCUAAUAAAAUAUUUUCCUUGGAGCACUUGGASAUGGCCUCAGUACAAACUGAAAAUCUUAAAUGAACUGAAAAUAUUGACUGAACUGUGCCAUUUCUUUAAUGUUGUGAUGUUUUGGAAUAUAUAUGGUUGUGGUGGACUGUAGCUUAACAACUGUAUACAGUACCCACUUAGAAAAUUUACAGCCUGCAAGGUUUUCAUAGUCUGGCACCAGGAAGUACCCACAUUGAUUCUCUGACAUAAGCAAAUAAAGUCUUCCCACUCACCACUCCUAUCAUGAGGAAAUGGCUACAAGCAUUAGUAAAGGCACUGUGUUAACAGUUCAAGGCAACAGGUGCACCYUUAGGAGCUUUCUGCCACUUCAGUAAAGACUCAGGUGAAUUCACUGAGAAYACUUACUAAGCUUGACUGCUGUUAAAAUUUACACAGUUACAGUCCUCUGAAAAGCAUGUUAUCUUUCCAAGUGUGUCAUUAAAUAAACCUCAUUUCUAGCUGAAGACAGACUUUGUACUCCUUGGUUAGUGCACUCACAAUCUUGCCAGCUGUUCGCAUGUUUAAAAAUAAAACAAACAAAAAAA